AUGAGCAACGCCGCCAACCUCGACGUGGACGUCAUCGCCGAGGCGGACCACCGCGCCGCCGGCUUUGACGAGAAACCCACGGCCGCUGUCGACAUCCGAAGCGACGCGGACUACGAUGACUUCCCUACCGAGGAGGAGCUGCGCACUCUGCGCCGUGUCUCGGGAAAGAUCAAGUGGGCCAUGUACACCAUCGCCUUUGUUGAGCUUUGCGAGCGUUUCUCAUACUACGGUUCCUCCGUCCUCUACACAAACUUUGUGAACCGUCCUCUGCCUGCUGGCUCAACCACCGGCUCUGACCCCGAUGGCGGCCACCCCGGUGCCCUGGGUAUGGGUCCCAAGGCUGCUCAGGGUAUCAGCUUGUUCAACCAGUUCUUCGCCUACAUCAUGCCUCUCGUCGGUGCCUGGGUUGCCGAUGCCCGCAUGGGACGUUUCUGGACUCUGCAUCUGGCCAUUGGUAUCUCUACCAUUGCCCACGUCAUCCUGGUUGCCGCCGCCGCUCCCGAUGUCAUCGUCAAGAAGGACAGCGCCUUUGCCGCCUUCAUCAUCGGCCUCAUCUGCCUUUGCGUUGGCACUGGUUUCUUCAAGGCCAACGUCUCUCCCCUGCUGGCCGACCAGAACGAGGACAGGCGCAUGCGUGUCGAGACCCUGCCCUCUGGCGAGCGUGUCAUUGUCGACCCUGCCGUGACCAACACCCGCAUCUUCCUCUACUUCUACUUUGCCAUCAACAUCGGAUCUCUCACCGGUCAGAUCAGCAUGGUCUACGUUGAGAAGUAUGUUGGCUUCUGGCUCGCUUUCCUCAUCCCCACCGGCAUGUUCCUGAGUGCCCCCUUUGUCCUGUGGAGCCAGAAGAAGAACUACCGCCUGCAGCCUCCCACCGGCUCUCUGCUUCAGAAGUUCCUGCAGAUGUUCUUCUACGCUCGCAAGCGCUCAAAGGGCUUCUUCACGAUCGACUGGGACACUGUUCGCCCCUCGCGCAUUGCCAUGGAUGCCCGCCCUAAGUGGAUGACCUACGACGACGCCUGGGUUGACGAAGUCCGCCGUGGUCUGAUGGCCUGCAAGGUCUUCCUCUUCCUGCCCGUCUUCUUCCUGUCCUACAACCAGAUGACCGGUAACCUCACCAUUCAGGCGGGUACUAUGGAGCUUCACGGUGUCCCCAACGACAUCAUCCAGAACCUGAACCCCAUCUCCAUCGUCAUCAUGAUCCCCUUGAUCGACCACCUCCUCUACCCCGGUCUCCGCAGACUUGGCAUUGCCUUCACGCCCAUUAAGCGUAUGACGACUGGUUUCGUCAUUGCCGCGCUCUCCAUGGUUGCCUCUGCUGUCAUGCAGCACUACAUCUACAAGAAGAGCCCUUGCGGCGAUCACGCCAACGGCACCAUCAUCGUUGACGGCGAGGAGGAGCUCUGCCCCCCUGCCCCCAUCAACGUCUGGGCGCAGUGCUUGCCCUACAUCCUCAUUGGUUUCGCCGAAAUCUUUGCCAACGUCACCUCUUACGAGUAUGCUUACUCCAAGGCUCCUGAGAACAUGAAGUCUCUCGUCAUGAGUGUCAACCUGUUCAUGAGCGCCAUCUCUGCUGCCAUCGGCGAGGCCUUCACCCCUCUGUCCGACGACCCUCUCCUGGUCUGGAACUACACCACCGUUGCCUGCAUCUCCUUUGUCGGCGGUGCUGCUUUCUGGUUCUGCUUCCGCCACCUCGACUCCGACGAGGACAAGUGGAACAUGCUCAAGAAGUCCGAGUACAUUGGCCAGAAUCAGCCGGGUCUGAGCAAGGAGGCCGACGUGGAGCCUUAA